UCGUCCCAAUUAACGUGUUCAUAAAGUUAUAUGUGAACAGCCUCGUCCAUCCCACUUAAAAUUGUUCGUAAAGCUAAGUGAAGACCCCAAGUCGUCCCAAAAUUAUUACUAAAACUUCUGCGUUUCUACAGUUACAUGUGUGUGUGAGAGAGAGAUGUAUAUUAUAUAUAUGAAGAGAAUGCAUACAUAAAAUUUAAUUCAAGCAAUACAAAGGGUGUAGGAGAAAUGGAGUUGGUUUGGUUUCUGGCUUCUUUUCUUCUGCUUGCAACAUCUUCAUUUGCAGGGCAUCAAGAAGCAGAGCAAGGACUCAACCAUUCAGCUUUGCACUUGACCCUGUAUCAUGUGCGAGGACAUGGCUCACCUCUAACCUCCCAAUCUCUGCCCUCAUUCUCCGAUUUACUCUUUCAGGACCAAGCACGAGUCGAUCAUCUAAACUCCAUGUUCACCAAGACCAAAACAAGCAGUGUCACAAACUCCACCUCACACAAAUCAGAACAUCUUUUUGGACCAAAUUUCGUCAGCACACCAGUGAAUCCCGGUCGUUCUGUUAAAAUGGGCAAUUACUAUAUCAAGAUUGGCCUUGGCACUCCAUCCAAUUACUAUCGCGUAAUUGUUGACACAGGCAGCUCCUUGUCCUGGCUCCAAUGCAAGCCUUGCACCAGCUGCUACGAACAGGCCGGUUCUGUUUUCGAUCCCUCUGCAUCCACCACCUACAAAUCGUUAUCAUGCACAACAUCCGAAUGCAAUUCACUCAAGCUAGCCACACUAUAUGAUCGUUGCACCACUUCUAAGGAGUGCCAGUACAAUGUUCGCUAUAGGGACGAAUCUUACUCCAUUGGCUACUUGAGUCGGGAUUCACUGACCCUAUCCCGGUCAAAAACACUGCCCGGUUUUGUGUACGGGUGUGGGAAGCACAAUAAAGGGUUGUUUGGUCGUUCUGCUGGUCUUGUUGGUCUGGCUCGUAACAAUCUCUCAAUGCUCUCUCAGCUGUCCACCAAAUAUGGAAAUGCCUUCUCCUACUGCCUCCCAACAGCUCACGGAGGCAGUGGAGGCUCAUUGUCGAUAGGAAAGGAUUCAUUGACGGGAUCAUCCUACAAGUUCACUGCAAUGCUUCCUGAUGACCAAGACACUGGCUUGUACUUGUUGAGUUUGUCCGCGAUUGUAGUGGCAGGCAAGACACUGGCGGUGACAGAGUCCGAGUACAAGGUUCCAACGGUUAUAGAUUCUGGGACGGUGAUCACGCGCCUGCCUAUGUCAGUAUAUACAGAACUCCGAAAUGAGUUCACAAAGAUCAUGUCAUCAAAGAACAAAACUUCCCCAUUUGAUGAAUUGCUGGACACAUGUUAUAAAGGGAGUGUGAAGAAGAUGCAGUCAGAUGUGCCCGAGGUUCGGAUGGUGUUUCAAGGAGGGGCCGAGCUCACUCUUCCGCCUCAGAGCAUUAUGUACGAUUUGACUAAGGGCCUUACUUGCUUGGCCUUUGCAGGAAUGUCGGUCACCGAGGAAGUCGCCAUUAUUGGGAACUUUCAGCAGCAGACAUAUAGGAUCGCUUAUGAUGUCUCCAAUUCAAGAAUUGGGUUUGCUGCUGGGGGCUGCACCUAGUUAUCAAAUAUUGGGGCAUCUCAUGAAAAAGGAAGCGUGAGGAAUGCUCUGCAACAACCUUUUGUAUUUUUGUACCAGAAAGAAGAUGUUACAAUGGAUUCACCACAAUAAUAAAAACUUUUUUUUUUUUUUUUU